GCAUGACACAUUCCCUGUAAAUUCAGAUUCUGUUUUGGUCGGCUGUGUUUGGCAGGGCAUGCAUGACAGCAUGGUUGUGCCGUCGCGAAACCUUAAAUAAGCCGUGAUGGCUUUGCCUUCAGCCUGGUCGACACAACAUCCUUCAGCUUUCGCCCAGGACAUCUUUGCACGUCAGACAACAACAUCCAGCACUCUUUUGAUGCCACUUUCCAGAACCGCCUUCCAAGAUGAGCAACGACGCGAGAGCUACAAAGAUCUCCGAACAGAUCUGGGAUAGCCAUCGUUCUACGCUUGAGCGCCUCUACGUACAAGAAGGCAAAGAACUCCAAUAUGUCAUUGAUUUUAUGCAAAAUCAGGAGCGUUUCCUCGCCAGCAAGUCCCAGUACGAGUAUCAGUUCAGGAAAUGGAAAUUCCGGAAGAAUCUCAAGAGGAAGGAUUGGCCUGUGGUGAUCGGAAUUGUCGAAAAGCGAAGACGUCUGGGCAAAGACAGCGAGAUCCUGUUCAAUGGGAUCGUCCUCUCGGACGAGAGGAUUGAAAGAGAAACAGCACGUUAUGGGUCCGCAUUGAAAACUAGCAACCAGCUACCAGAAGGACAACAGCAUGACUUACCCGACGACAUAGUGAUCUCUACGCCCCCCGCUACGUGCAAUUCGCUUGUUCAGUCUCCACGGCUACCUUCCACGGACAUCAACUCCAGUCUCAUCCACACACCACCGAGGUUCGAGCACUCUUGGAGAAUACCGCGUGCAGGAAUUCGCACCCUUCCAAUGGAAUAUGAACCCUUUGCAUGGGUAAAAACCUUGGACUUCACAAGAUUACCACAACUCACAUCAGCAACGAGCAAUCAAUUGAUCAAUCAAUCCAAAGCUGGACUGGCUCGACUAAAUGCUAUGUUCUACCCGACACAGAAUGCAGUUACAAACACUGUCAGCUCUAAAUUCGUGAUUCUACAGUACUUAAUUUCGGCUCUUUUGAACAACACAGAGCUUACGGGAAGGACGAGUCUUGAGAAUAUCCAUAGCUGGCUAAGAAGUAUCCCCCAGCCUGUCCUGCUCGAAUUCUUUGCAGCUCUUCCAAAACCUGUCAUGCCUGUCUUAAGAGAGAGGAUCUUCGCGGCAGCGCUUGAAGAUGAUGAUGGAGUUACAGUACAAUCCAUGCUGACCCUCGGAGUGGAUCCUUUCGAGAUGAUACCUACAGCCUAUGAAGGUCCAGUUCAGCCCCUAGAAAGAGCGUUGGGGCGUGGCCAAGUUGAAGUUGCCAAAACUAUCAUUUCUCACAUCUGCCAGUUAGGAAUGAUUUCCAGCCCAGACUCCGCACUCAAAUUGCUUCUCGAAUCGGCUGAGCGGAUCAGGCGGAUGUUGUUCGAUAGGAUCACGAAUACCGAAUGGGUGGAACUUCUCAUCAUACCUCUCCUCGCUGGCGCAAAACCCAUUGUUGCGUGUUUCCGAAGAUGCCUGGACGAUCCUAGUCUGACAAGACUCAUUCUUGAGAACGGGCAAGGAGGCAUACAGGGGUGGCUUCAAGCUGGUCUUCUUACUCAGUGCUUCGACUGGUACAAAAUCUUCUCGAAAGAAAAAGAAAAAGAAGCCUAUGUACCAUUGUUGAGUAAUAUCCUCACAUACUGUUUGCUCGAGAAAGGUCAUCUGCUUCCGAAAAAUGACCCCGAAAUUGAGCGCGAAUUAUCCCAUGCCUUCUUGGCUACCCUCCGGCUUGGUCUUACAUGGGCAUCCCAAUUAGUCUUUGAAACCUGCUCAAGCUCGAGUAUUUCACUUACGGUCCCUGGAUAUGAUCAUGCUGUGAGCCAACUCAUUUUAGAGGGUUGUUCCAAGGGUGACUGGGCCUCAGCAGAGAAAUCUGCUGACAAAGAGCCUCAAAAGCGUUUUGUCCCACAGAAGGAUCGGCGCGUAAAACCCAGAGCGAUUGAUAUCAAAGGACUUCAAAAAGCAGUUUCUGAAGAUAAUCUGGCGUAUGUCGAAAAACAAUUGAAGUGCGGAGAAGACCUACAGCGAUUUUCAUUAGAAUCUUGGAGACCUAUAUUGGAUCAAGCCGCGCGCUUUGGUCACGACAUGAUUGCGCUUGCGAUCAUGCAAGCCCCUCUUCAUGUAUCUUGGGAAUAUGAUGGAAUCCCUACGCUGUUGCAGCACUGCAGAACACUUGCAAUGAGUACCUUACUUGAGUCUGACUUGAGAUGGAACAAGGCAUUGCAAGCGGCACGUAUCCAGGGAAACUACAUCAUGUUAGACGACUUGCUGUUUCGAAUGCAGAUACUCGACCCAGACCCAAUCUUUCCAGGAAAAUUCUAUGUCAACUCAACUGAAAGUAUUCAGAUGGCACUGCGUGCGCUGUCUUACCACGCAAUUCAGACCAACGAUACAAAUCUAUUGAAAUGGUUGGUUGACACUGGAUUGCACAUGGAUGAAAUCUGGUACAGAAGAUGUGGUGAUGGAUUUGGGACUUUUCUCAAAUUUUCCCCGUGUGUUGGAGUCAGUUUUGGAGAAGGAGGUGGAUUCAUCUUCGAUAAAACUACAGACUAUGGUAAACUACCUUCCCUGCUCUAUCUUGCAGCAAAGCAAAACAAAACGUCGAUAAUCCGGUUUCUGUUGGCCGAAGGAGCUGAGAAUAGAGACUCAAUUACUUUGAUGCAUGCAGUCAAAGAUCGAUUGGAUAUCGCUACCAUCAACAUGCUCCUAGAGUGGUCAGAGAUUCGAAGCUAUCGUAGAACAGGAAGCUACGGGUCAGCUGCGCUCCGAUGCGCCAUACGCCAACAGAAUUAUAUUCUGCUACAACUGUUGGCAGACAAAGUGGAUGUUGAAAAGAUGGAGUAUCUGUAUCCUGAUCCUGGGGAAAACGAAGAAGUGUGUAUAAGCCCUUUGGGUGAGGCGAUACAAGAAAACGACCUCGAAGCAAUCGAGAUAAUCCUCAGCAAAGGCGUUAGUCCAAACGCCCUAGUGGCCCACGACGGAAUCCAAUUCGAGUACGGUGCAUGGGAUGCUGACAGAACUGUUCUGAAGCGACUGACUCCUCUAUUGGCUGCUAUAGACAUGCGAGACAUGCGAGACAUGCGAGACAUGCAAGACAUACUAGACAUGCGAGAAGUGCAAAACAUGCAAGACAUGCAAGACAUGCAAGACAUGUCUAUUGUCGAGACAUUGAUCAAGAGUGGGGCGGAAAUCGACUAUCCACCUAAACAAGGGCUCCUGCGAACGCCACUGCAGAGGGCAGCAGAGAUAGGCAGUUUUGAGAUUGUGGGAUAUCUCCUCAAAUGCGGAGCCCCUGUCGACAGUAUCCCGUUCUACUCUGGUGGCACUCCCUUACAGUUAGCCGCAAUGGGAGGCUACGUCGGUAUCGCGACGCUUUUGCUCGAGCGAGGUGCUAACGUCAACUUUCCGCCCGCAAAAGGGGCAGGAAGAACCGCAUUCGAAGCAGCUUCUGAAUGGGGUCGCGUGGAUAUGUUGUGCCUUCUAGUCAAGUGGGGUGUUGAUCUUGAUCUCGUCGUUGGUGAGGAGACAACCGUUACAGAUCAUAACGACUUGAUGUCGGAUAACUCAAUUCUUCAAGACCCAGGUCGUGAUACUCAAUAUCUCCGGGCGCUCCAUUUCGCGGAGAAGCAAGGACAAAUGGCAUCAAAACGAUUCGUGGAACACCUGUAUCACCACACUCAUACUGCAGCUGGACAGGGUGCUCGAAAUUCACAACCUGGCUCUGUUUCAGGGCAAAACGAUUGGAAUAUGGAUGAGUUUUUGGAGAACUGGGACAACUGGGACCCAAACUUGCCAGUCGGUUAAAUUGGCGGUUUUGUGGGUGAACUAGAUUCUCUACUGGGUAUACACGAGUGAAUGGUAUAUCAACUUUUCUUGGCUCUUCAUCAGGUUUCUGUUGUGUAGAAGGCUCGGCAUGUUCGUUUUCUCUUAUAGUUCUGAAUAAAC